AGACACCUGAGCACUUUUUUUUUACAAAAACGGCUCACAUGUCAUUCAUUCAUACUAGAGACCACAACUAGACAUUUUAAAAUGAAAGAAAAAACGACGGAAGGUGACCUUUAAAGAAGCUGUUUAGAGAUAUUGGAGAUUGUUAUUACACCAUGGCUAAGUAUUUUGAUGCUCAGGUUGAAACACAGCUGAAGUACAAAAGGAAAAUUGAAAAUCUACUAAAAGAAAUCAGUGAUCUCCAGUCAAGGAACAAGGAUCAACAAGAAGAUCUGUUCAAAAACCAUGACACUCUGCGGAUUGUCCUGCUGGGGAAGACUGGAGUUGGAAAGAGUGCGACUGGGAACACCAUCUUGGGAAAUGAAGUGUUUAAGGAAGACUUUGGUGGAUCAGUUACCAUUGUGUGUCAGAAAGAAACAGCUGAAGUCAACGGCAGGCAGAUUACAGUAAUUGACACUCCGGGACUUUUUGAUACAAAUGUUGAUAAUGAAGAGAUCACUAAAGAAAUCACUAAAUGCAUCUCCAUGGCAGCUCCAGGUCCACAUGUGUUCCUGCUGGUGCUGGCUGCAGGACAGCGCUUCACACAAGAGGAGCAAGACACAGUGAAGAUGAUCCAAGAUACUUUUGGGGAGAAGUCUAAAAUGUACACGAUUGUGCUCUUCACUAGAGGAGAUGCACUAAAAGGAAAACCCAUUGAAGAGUACAUAAUGAAGUCUGGGACUAAACUACAAAGAUACCUGCUUGAAUUUGGAAACAGAUAUCAUGUGUUCAAUAACAACAAUAAUAAUACCAACACCACCCAGGUCACUGCUCUACUGAAGAAGAUCGACUCCAUGGUGAAAGUAAAUGGAGGAAGCUGCUACACUAAUGAGAUGUUCCAGCAGGUGGAGAAAGCUCUUCAGCAAGAACAGGAGAGAAUCCUGAAGGAGAGAGAAGAGGAGAUAGAGAGAGAGAAAGAAGAACUGAGAGACAAACAUGAAGAUGAGCUGGAGAAACUGAGAAAACAGAUGCAAGAACAAAAAGAGGAGCAAGAAAAAGCAGACAGGAGAAAAGAGGAUGAAUUUAAAGAAAGAGCACUGCAAAUAAAAAACGAGAUGACAGAAAGAGAACUGAUACAAAGAGAAGAUUUCAAGAAAAGAAGAGAAGAGGAUGAAAAACAAAUGAAAGAGUGGAUAGUUCAAAUAAACAGAGAAAGGGAGGAAACCAGAAAACAGUGGGAAAAACAAAGAGAGGACGAUCAGAGACGGAGAGAUCAAGAGGAGGAGCAGAGAAGAAAGGCAGAAGAAGAUUGGAAAAACCAACAGAGCGAAGAAAAAGAGAAUAUUGAGAGAGAAAGACGAUUAAUACAAAAAGAAAAGGAAAAUCAGCAGAACUUACAGAAGGAGUACGAAAGAAAGAAACAAGAGGAGGAGAAAAGAAUAAGAGAAUUAGAAGAGAAAAUUAAACAUGCAGAGGAAAGUAAAAAGAAGGAGCUGCAGGAGCAACUGUUAGCUCAGCAGAGAGAAUGGGAGAGGAUAAAGGACGAGGAGAAGAGGAGAGAGGAACAGCAGUGGUGUUGGGAGAAAAAAAUGGCAUCUAUUGAGGAAUUGAAUUUACAGCAGAUCAGAAAACAAAAAAAUUAUGAAUGGGAAAAACAAAAAGAAAAAACGGAGCGAGAAAUUAAAGAAAAGGAGAGAAAGGAGACAGAAGAAAAAGAGAAGAAGAGGAUAGAGACUGAAGCAAAUGAGAAGUUAAGAAAGAUGGAAGAAAAAAUGAAAGCAGAGAGAGAAAAAGAGGAGGAAGAAAAAAGAAAAAGAGAUGAACAGUUCCAAAAGGAACUGAAAGAUCAGCUGCAGAAACAGCAAGAUACGUUUGAAAGAGAGAAAGUGUUAAAGGAGCAAAAACGAAAGGAUGAAGAAAAGAUAAACAUUGAAUUCCUUAAAGAAACUCACAAGAAGGAGAUGAAUGAGCUGAAGACUCAGACUGAACUCGCAGCAAGAAAAAAAGCAGAGGCAGAGUUUAAUGCGCAACUUGAUGAAAAAGUUAAAGAAGCAAAAGAUAAAGGAUGUAAAGAGGGUUUUGAAAAAGCAGAGUCAGAUUUUAAUGUGCAACUUGAUGAAAAAGUUAAAGAAGCAAAAGAAAAAGGAUUUGAAGAGGGUUUUGAAAAAGCAGAGGCAGACAGAACAAGACCAGGUCGAGGUGUAGAUAGAUUUGUCAAUUGGGUUUGUGGGUCAAAGAAGGAAGCAAAAGAUAAUUGAAAAGGUCAAUAGGUGUUUUAUAGAGUGUUCAUUUGAGACAUGUGUUUUAUCAUUCAAUCUUUUAAACACAAGAUGGAGUUAUUCAUUUAAGUAGUUGAUUAAUUUGAGUAAUGGAGGCAAUAGAUAGACCCGACAGGUGCCUUGAAAACUUAGUCACUCCCCUUUUCCACAUUUUUUACAUUACACCCACAAACUUAAAUGUGUUCACCUGUGUGUAAUUUAUUUUCAGUAUAAUAGCUUUUCUGUGAGGGCCUCAGAGGUUUGUUACAGAACACUAGAAUAAGUGGCAUGGUAGCUUCCAGACACAGGCUAAUUAUAUACAGCUGGAGCUUUUUUACUCUUUAGAGAAAGGCUUCAUUUUAGACUGGACAGGAUUCCAAAUAGGACGAGAAUGUAAACCCAUCUGAAUGGAUUUAGUAAUGAACAGUGUAGCUUUAAUGAAAGACGUUUUAGCCUACUCUUAGCCUACUCACACAGCCAGCUGUGGUAUCUAAUGCUAGCCUGCUACUGUAGCUUAGCUUGACUAACGCUAUAACGCUUAACUAACUCACAGCUAUAGGAGAACAGCAGCUGAAUGCUGCUCUUCAGAAACUCUGUUUCUAACUUUAAAACCCUAAAAAAGUGAUUGUUUUAAUUAAAUCACUCGAAUAAAAAGCCUAUAGCAACCAAACAAUUACAUUAGGGUGUAAUCUGAGUUUCCCAAAUAGUAAUGUAGCAUUAGCAUUUAUAUUACGCUUUGUGUUCAUCUCGUAAAAAACUACGCUACUGGCUACGCUAAUGUUCUGAAGGCAUUAUUAUUGUUGGUUGCCAUAAUGAAUCAGGUGUAAAUAACUGUGUGAAUACUGUGUAAAUGACAAGUCCAUGAUGCAUUGAAACAUCAGAAUACUGUGGAGUAAUAUAUGUGGAAUUGUUAAAUAAACAGUUUAGUAUAAUUAUUUGGAACCAGCUAAAUUAUAGAAGUUAAACUUGCUUCAGUUGAUUGGGUUAUUGUAAUGCAUAGGUCAGGUGUGGCUGCUGUAAUGAGUAAAUGGCAAAAUGUGUACAUACACAUACACAAGCUAUAAGCAGUCUUUUCUGUAAUAGAAAUUUCUCUGGUCAGAUGAGCCCAAACUUAAAUGUUUUGCCCUAAAUGCUGAAUUCACCCUCCCCAUUUUUUUUACUAUUCACACAAUUACUUGUUACAAUGGGUAUUAAGAGGCCUUCACUGAAUAGUGUUAUUUAUAUUGUGACUAAACUGCACACAGCUGGACUCUCAAUAAAAUACAUAAAAAUUUGUGGGUGUAACGUUCAAGUGGUAUUUUUUAAAUGAAAUAAACUCAUCAGCCAGUAAUUUAUAAACAACAAAUCAAUGAAGUAGCAGCAUCUGAAAAUCUAGUAGGUUAUUGGAUGUUCAAAUGCUGCUCCAAUAAAUGGAUUAAAUUGAGAUUAAGGAGCCAGAUUUAGGGUCAGGGUGAUGGUUAGGAUUAGGUAUUGGACUGAUGAUAAGGUUAGGAUUAAGGCCAGGAUUUGGGUUAGAGCUAGGCGUUAAACCUGAGGUUAAGGUUAGGAUAGGUUUUGGGUAAAACUAGUUUAGGAUUUGCUUAGUGGAAGUAGCAUAUUAGGUGUACUUCAUGUAACAUACAUUAUAAUGCCAAUAUAAUUUGGUCACCCAUCAAAAUUGCUUCUAUAAACAUUAGUGAAAAAAUUGGUCUCUCUCAGGAACUCAGUGAACUCCUCCUGUGUGGUACCGUGAUAGAAUACAGCAUCUGUGCAACAAGUUCAGUUCAAAUUUCCUCACUACUAAAUUUUUCACAGUCAACUGCCAGUUGUAUUAACAAAAUGGAAUCAAUUUUGAAGGACAGCUACUUAGGACACAUAAUAUCAAGGGUCAAGGGGGUCAAGGAAUGAUGAGCCACAUAGUGUGCAAAGAUCAUCAACUUUCUGCAGAAUCAAUCACUUCAGACCUCCAAACUUCAUGUAGCCUUCAGUGCAAAGAGACCUUCAUGGAAUUGGUUCCCAUGGCUGCAUCCAAGCCUUACAUCACCAAAUGCAAAUCAUCGGAUUCAGUGGUGUAAAGUAUGCCACCACUGGACUCUAGAGCAGUGGAAAGGUUUUCUCUCAAGUGACAAAUAAUGCUUCUUUGUCUGGCAAUCUGAUGGACGAGUCUGGCUUUGAUGGUUGCCAGGAAAACGUUACUUGUCUCAUUACGUAAAGUUUGGUGGAGAGGUCAUUUGGUGUGGGGUUGUUUUCAGGAGUUGGGCUCGGCCUCUUAAUCAUACAAAGAGAUUUUAGUAAAUUCCAUGCUCCCACCUGUAAACAGAUCGGGGACACAAUCAGUCAAAUUGUUAACAAUAUUUUUUCUUUUCACUGUAAGACACCUUCCAAAUUGUAAAACCUGUAAAAUGUAAACACAGAAAAAGUAGGGUAGAUAUGAAACCCUGACAAAAAUUUACUAUUUUAAAAGUGCUGUUAAAAUUUGAAGCAUGGUCAAAUCAGGUUUUAGAAUACAAAAUAUCAACUUUUUCUACAAGGUUGGCUUCGAUAGAACCCUACCAUGACUAAGCCUCACAAACCUGCUUCUUUUACGCAAUAGAAUUAAUCAGUGGAAUGAUCAAAACAUAUCUAUAUUGUUUUUAAUACAGCCAAUCAAUACAGUUUCUAAGAUCAGUGAUCAAAGUUUCAUGCUAUGAAAUGAUAAAUGAUUUUCAUUCAUUGAUUAUGAUUUGAUUCACAGUGAUAAAUACAGCUCUUAAAAAAAAGAAACUCAAAUAUUAUGAGUUUCUUUGAUUUUGCCAAAUUGAAAACCUCUGGAAUAUAAACAAGAGGAAGAUGGAGGAUCACAAGCCAUCAAAUCAAGCUGAACUGCUAGAAUUUUUGCACCAGGAGUAAAGGCAUAAAGUUAUCCAAAAGCAGUGUGUAAGACUGGUGGAGGAUAUCAUGCCAAGAUGCAUGAAAACUGUGAUUAAAAACCAAAUAUUGAUUUCUGAACUCUUAAAACUUUAUGAAUAUGAACUUGUUUUGUUUUCAUUAUUUGAGGUCUGAAAGCUCUUUUUUGUUAUGUUAGCCAUUUCUAAUUUUCUGCCAAAAAUGCUCUAAAUGACAAUAUUUUUUAUUUGUUGUAUUUAGUUUAUAGAAUAAAACAACAAUGUUAAUUUUACUUAAACAUAAACCUAUAAAUAGCAAAAUCACAGAAACUGAUUCAGAAACUGAAAUGGCCUCUUUUUUCAGAGCUGUAUGUAGGUAUGUGUGUAUGUAUGUGUGUGUGUGUGUGUGUGUGUGUAUGUGUAUAUAUAUAUACACACACACAGGUGGUUUGCCCCAUCAUUAUUUCUUAUUUUCUUGCAUGUUUCUCACUCUUUAUUUAAAUAUUAUUCAAAGAAAACACAAGUAAACACAAAAUGCAGUUUUUAAAUGAAGGUUUUUAUUAUUAAUGGAGAACAAUUUCGAAUCCACAUGGCCCUGUGUAAAAAGUGAAAAAGUAAAAAAAGUAAAAAUGCCUCAGUUGAGGUCAGUGUUAAUGAUAGUAAGAAAGAGACCGGUCUAAAAUUUUAACUAUAGGAGAGUUUCAAGGCAAAAAUCACUGCUGACCAAAAAUAACAUAAAGACCUCCCUUACAUUUGAUCUUGAUGAUCCCCAAGACUUUGGGAAAAUAUCCCUUUGGCUGACGAGACAAAAGUGAAACUUUUACAUCUGGCCCAAAACUAACACAUAAUUUCAGAAAAGAACAUCGUACUGAUUGUAAAAUAUGGUGGUGGUAGUGUGAUGGUCUGGGCCUGCUUUGCUGCUUCAGGACAGUUUACUGUAAUAGAUAGAACCAGGAAUUUUGAUCUCCUCCAGAAAAUCCUGAAGGAAUGUCCGGCCAUCUGUUCAUGACCUCAAGCUCAGGCCAAUCGACAUCAAGAAACUGAUCAGAAGCACCCCAGCAAGUUCACCUCUGAAUGGCUUAAAACAAUGGUUUUGGUUUUGGAAUGGCCUAGUCAAAGUCUGAUUAAGAUGCUGUGGAUGAUCUUAAACAAGAUGUUCAUACCUGAAAACCCUCCAAUGUGUCUGAAUUAAACAAUUCUGCAAAGAAGAGUGGAUAAAAAUUCCUCCAUAGAGAUGUAAAAGACUCAUUGUAAGUUAUCGCCAAUGCUUGAGUGCAGUUGUUUCUGUCAAGUGUGGCACAAACAUUAUUAGGUUUAAUACUUUUUCACACAGGGCUGGUUUGGAUAGAUUUUCUCCCUUAAUAAAUAAACUAUCAUUUUAAAAAAAUAUUUUUUAUUUACUCAGGUUAUAUUUUUCUGAUAUUAAAGUUUUUUAGUUAAUCUGAAAAUUGAAAGUGUAAUAAAAUAAAAUAAGUAGGGGCAAAUAGUUUUUCACAGCAUUGUAUGUAUAUAUUUUUUUUCAUGUGAUUAAAUACAUUAAAUAUAUAUCUAAUAUAUAUAUUUAACAUAGUCAGAUUGAACUAACUACUUCUUUGCAUAGAGCCUUCUCAAAGUUAUUAGUUGAAAUGUAUUUGCUUAUGAGUGCUAAAUAAUGAUAUUAAUGAUUUGAAAUGUUUGAUCUUUUUCUGCUUGCAACUCUUGAAAAAAACUGUUUUGUCUGGCAUAUUCUUUGAAUAAACUGG